GACAUCAUCAAGGAUGGAAGCGUUCCAGGCUCAUCUACAGGCAUCGACGCCGCCCGUCCUUGGGAUACAGGACCUUCCUCAUGUACUUGAUCAGGUGCGCACGGCGUUCCCACGCACCCAUGAUGACCCGUCGUCGGAUCUAUCGGCUUCUCUGCACCAUUUACGACAUGCGUGGUCUGAUCGAUCGAUCCGUCCAACCGCGGCCAUCCUUGCGCUGUUCGUCGCUGUAGUGGUUGUCGAGAACUCGACUUCCGUCGACAACGACGACAGCCAUCGCUUUGACGAAGCAUGGACACUCUUCCACGAGAUACAGAGGACGUCCUUAGCGACAGCGGGAACAUUCACAUCAUCGCCAUGCCUCGCGCUUGGGUUUGUCCUCGCUUCUUGCCACCCCUUGUCCAAAACCUUCCGGUGUCCCGAAAGCCUUAUAUACGACGCUGCACUUCAGUAUACGACACUCAUCCAUGCCUUGGCCACGGGUUCUCAACCUCCGACUCUCCAGUCGCAUCUACCACUAGACACGUUGACUCCUUCCAUGCGUCACGCCGUCACCGACCUCCUCCAAGAUGUCUCCGUCGCCACCAGGGAUGCCAUGUACAGCCAAUACACUUGUAUCCUUCAGCUUGUAUCCUCCGACAAUGUGGUGCCGCGUCCUGACUUCACCACGCAGGUCGUUCCUGCCUCGCGACCAUCCUCAUCCUCGACCUCUUCUUCGAAGGCACUUCAUAUCAAGCCGACCUUGAACGCCAUCGUGGCCCUCACUACGACCCUGUUGCACGCGCCUUUGCCGUCGAUUGACGCCGCCUUCCUCUCAGCGGCGAUGGACCUCCUUUCCUGGAGCUCCGUUCCAAUCUUGCAUCCCACAUGUACCGCUUCCGACGACCACCAGCCAUCCAUUUCGUUCGAGAUCAUGCAUGGACAUGCCGCCCGACUGUCGCCUACUCAGACGACACUCUUGCUGGCGCCACUUCGCACAGCAUCAACCACCACGUCACAGAGCACUCUGUCGCAGCAACAUGACAUCCUACUUGGUCACCGGUUGCACGUGUACUUGCAACUGAUGGGCCACGUUCGUCAGCUAAACUUGGACAUGCUGUUUGAGCUAGCCCUGCCUGGCAUCGGGCAUGCGUGGGCGCCGCUGCAUCGCCACGCCCACCGCAUCCUUCGCGCGCUGGUGCUAAUGUACUCCAAGGAUCGGCCUAUCCAGGCCUCCGAGAUGGGUGCCGUGUACAUUCGCCGCAUGGUGACCACGUUCACUCGUCCAGAUGAUAUCAAGGACAUGGCGAUGGGCGUGCUGGCCAUGACAGCGGACGCGGCGCUCAUUCGAUUUGCACUUGUCGAGAUCUGCGACAAGUGGGCAUGCGACAGAGUUCGGUCAGAACCGCUGGCGGCGCUCCUGUUUGAGCUGCUUAAAGUCUUGCCCAGUCGGGACUUGCCGUUUGCGCUGGUUGUUGUGGAGAAAAUGAUGUGGGAAGAGCCGACGAUCAUGCCGACAGUGUACCAGGCGAUCGCAGGUCCGUGCGACGCCUCGCGGCGGAUUGUGCUGCUGGAGUGGUACCUACGCCUGCAUGCGCAGAUAGCACCGGCGGUGACGUGGCACUCGCGGCUGUGAUAGAUUGAAUCGUGUUGUGCUGCUGUGUCCCAUGAUUGUAUGGUUAUCACACUACUACUAUGUACUGUUAGUAUUAACUACUCCGGUGUGAAGCAUCAUCUCCCACACGUUAAGUGUUAGUUUGCACCACGGCAGCGCAAAAAAACUGUAACAAGAUUCUGCGGGUUCUAUUAUAUAUAUUAUUUAUGUAUGUAUUAAUAUAAAUACUUAUUCGA